UCAGGAAGCUCUGCGGACAGGAAAGACACAUUCGUCCUCUCUCAUUUACUCCAAGUCAUCCUCAAUAAUCCAGUGUUCAUCCAGAGUCAUCUGAAGAUGACACUGAAGAUGAGGACAUCAUCUGUACUCAUGGCUUCAGUUUUCGCAUCUCCUACGCCAUCCAUCGUCCAGCAAAACCUGAAGAUCAACUUCUCUGAACAAACAAGUCCCUGGCUGAACAACAGCACGUGGCCACCCAUCAAAUCUUCAGGUUUAGGGCUGUCUUGCUUCACUAUGACACUUGGCGCCAUCUCUAACCUCACAGCUCUGGGCAUCCUAGCUAAAUCCCGUGUCCGAUUCCGUCGCCAAUCCAGAGCAUCAUUUCUGUUACUAACAAUGGCUUUGCUUUUGGCUGACCUUGCAGGUCACGUGAUUCUGGGUGCCUUUGCUUUGUAUCUGCACGUCAAUCAGAGGGAUAAAAUGCAGGGCGGGAAGCCUACUAAUGCAUUCUGUCAGAUCUUUGGGGCAAGUAUGGUGUUUUUUGGCUUAUGCCCUUUGCUGUUGGGUUGUGCGAUGGCAGUGGAGCGCUGUGUGGCCAUCACACAGCCCUUUUUCCAUGCUGCUAUGAUCACAUUGGGUCACGUGUGGCGAGUUGUGUUACUUCUGCCCUCUCUUGCACUUGUGCUGGCAGUUCUACCUUUAUUUGCUGUGGGGACUUACACGACCCAGUAUCCUGGGACAUGGUGUUUCUUGCCUAUCCAUGAUCCACAGUCUGCAGCUGACACCAGUCUGGUUCUGGCCUUCUCAUGUGUGGGUCUCGCUGCACUUGCUCUUUCCCUACUCUGCAACAUCAUGAGUUGUCUGGCAUUGCUGCAGGCCAGAAUUAAGUCCAAAAAUGUUAAAACUAAAUCAGCAGUCUGCUGCAGCACUCGUCGAGCUUCGACUUCUUCCUCUUUGUUUUGCUCGUUGGAUGUGGAGAUGAUGGUGCAACUGGCAGUGAUCACUGUGGUUUCCUGUGUAUGCUGGGGUCCCUUUCUUAUCCACAUUUUUGUGAUGCAGUUCAAACAACGAACCUCCACCCAUGAGAAAGAUGGGUUCAUUCUUCUGAGCUUGCGUAUAGCCUCCUGGAAUCAGAUCUUGGAUCCCUGGGUUUACAUCUUACUGAGGAAGGCUGUGCUUUUCCGAGUUUGCUGUGCUUCCUACACACAGAGACCCUCAGAGGCAGAGAACAGGUCCAGUGCAGACAGGCAGGACUCCAGUGUGCAGUGACAAUGUUGCCCUUGGACUCUUUUCCUUUUAUGGACUGAAAUAAAUUAUUUCUGUAAUGUGUGUUGUGAAAAAAUUUAAACUUUGCUCUGCUUUCAUCAGGACUUUGCGAGGUCCAUACUCAGCAAGCCAAGCGUGUACAAUGCAGUAGUGUGAAUAAAGGGAUGGAAACAGACUUUCCCAACAUUU